GAAAAAACGGCGAGGAUUUCAUCCACGACACCUCCAUUCAACAGAGGGAGCUCUUUUCUUCAGAAGCCACGGAUACCCUGCCUAUCACAUCUUUACGGGGCAAGUGUCAGGUGGUGCAGUACACUGACCUGAAGUCGGCCUGCAGCUUCGUCCCCCGGCCCGACCACUUCUUCUACAUCCUCGCCUACAGGCCGGACAACAGGAGGCUGGCGACCACACAAGGCGAGAUCAGGGUGGGGCCCAGCCACCAGGCUCGGUUACCCGAGUGCCGACCCGGCAUCAGUCCCACAGAUAUGCCGGAGAAGUGCGAGCACCGAGAGGAGAUCCGAUGGCGGCCAAACCGAGUGGUGGACGGUGACCUGCUGAUGUACCUCCGGGCUGCCAGGAGCAUAGCAGCUUUUGCGGGGAUGUGUGGCGGGACAGGUGAGGACCGGUGCGAGGCGGAGGCGAUGGAUGCGACGACUGUCAACGCUCUGGACACGUUACACACAAACAACUACGACACGUCCAAGUCACUGCAGGCACUGGUCAAAGUGCCUUCUGUCAUGUACCGGGAAAAGAAAUGGAAUGAGGAAGAUGUGAAACGCUUCGCCAAAGGCCUUCGACAUUUGGGCAAGAAUUUCUUCAAAAUCAGAAAAGAACAUCUACCUCACAAAGACACGAGUGAGCUAGUGGAGUUCUAUUACUUCUGGAAGAAGUCUCCCGCUGCCAACAACUCACGGCCCACAUACAGGCGGCACAGACGGCAACUAAAGAGACAGAGCCCUAGAAUCAGCCAGCCGGAUCACGAGGUGAGCUCAGGGAGCGAGUCAGGGGAAGAGUCUGAGGAAAGUGAUGGAAGUAGAGAUGUGGCCAGCACAUGUCAGCGCUGCCUAACAACAAAUUCAAAAGACUGGCACAAUGGUAAGGACGGGGAGGUCCUGUGCACCAAAUGUCGCCUGUCAUACAAGAAGUAUGGGGAGGAAUCUGGGGUAGAGACCACACCCACCACCAGUCCCAGCCAGUAUCUGUUCAAGCCUGUCCCAGAGGACGAGGAGGCCACGCCCUCCAAACACAAUAUGCGCACAAGGCGCAGCAAUAAUACAACAUCAACAAACGGAAAGAAGAAAGAGCAAAACAGUGCCAGCAGUGCAGAUUUGGAGGCUUCCCCAGUGAUUACUAACAUCAGCAACAGCACUACCACCACAUCCAACACAGCAAACAUCAGUAAAAGUGGUCGGAAAUCACCGAACAGCAUCACGGACAAAGACGAUAAAAAACCAGCCCAGAAAUCUAAGGAGUCUAACCCCACAAAGGCAAAGAAGAGAAGACUUGUCUCUGAAGAAGACACGAAGGUUGCGAAGAAGAAAAAGGAGAGGUCUGAUUCGGAAUCUGGUACUGAAAGCAGUUCUGCAUCAGGCACAGAGGAUAUCGGCAACGAGGUGGACUCUGAUGAAAAUAAUCAGGAGGAGCUCAGCGGCAGUUCCAGACCUUCAAGUCCCAGCUCUGUAGAGCGGGGAUUCAAACCCUUACAGCCACAACCACCCACUCCAGGAGUCCAGCAGUUGAUACCAACAUCUAGUGCUUCAGUUGGAAAGACUAACCCAGUACAGGACAUACCCAGCAUCAGUACUGUAGCUACUAGCUCUGCCACUUCUCACCUCGCCAGUUCAUCUGACAGUCUACCUAGUCGGCCAGCAUCUGCAUCUCAUCAGUACCAGCAGCAGUAUUUGAACACACCAACACCACCACCACCACCACCAGCGCUGACAUCAUCGUCAUCCACUGUGCUUACAGCUACAUCAGCAGCGCUAGCUACUUCAGCACUGUCCUCUUCUUCAAGAAGCAGUCCACAGCUGAGGUGUCAGCAGCAGCAGCAGCAUCAAUCACCGCUGCCAGUUUUUAAACCCGGCAUCGGGCAGGCAGGGAUUAUUUCGGGUAUUGGAACUAUAACAAGUAAGAACCACAGCAGCCCUGGUGGCCUGUUAUCGUCACCCUUAGUGAUACCGACACCAAACCUGAGCCGAGCCUCAUCUAGCGGGACAUUUAUACCACACACGGAGCUGGCAGUUCCCGCCAGCACAGCCAGCAGCGUGCCAACAGGAAGUAGUAACUUUGCCACCACGAAAACCACAUCAGGAGUAACAUCCGUAGACUCUGUUAUAUCAGUAGCAGCAUUAACUAGCCGCUCCUCCUCUACAGCAGGAGCUCAAGCUGGUAACACCAGCAGUGGCAGCAGUAAUAGUAGCAGUGCAAUCAUUAACUCUAAUUCUCUAAGCAGGAUGCAGGAGCAAGUUGAGAAGCAGGAUAAGAAGCCAGUGAUACCACAGCCAGGCUCAUUCUUACCGGCCUCAGUUGGGGUACCUUUUCCGUACCAUUCAUAUUACUACCCUCACUCUGGAAGCGGACAUCUUCCGCCACACCUGCAUCCAUCUGUAGCCAUGUCGGUUGCCUCCUCUGUUGGGGGCAGCCCACACCAGCCACCCCCUCCAGUUCCAAGCCUGAUACCCAUUAAAAAGGAGCCGCAUUCUCCUCCGCCGCCACUGAAGCCGUCAGACAAAGCCACAGAUUUGUCUUCGUCCACAGGCUCAUCGCAGUCAGGUCAUCGUCCGCACUCGGAGAACCCACCGAAGCUUCCUCAUGGGUUCAACCAUUCGGGCUUACCAUUAACUGCCCCUUUGCCUCCGCCACCCCUUACUGUUAUUGACCACAGAGAUGGGGCAAAGUCAGACGAAUUAUCGAAAUCGGAACCAUAUACCAAAGAGAAUACCCGUGGUCUUCCUCCAUCACCCCAUCGUCCUGAGAGCCACUCAAUGAUAUUACACAGAGAAUCCCGAUUGGAUAGCAACUUGAGUGUGCUGAGGGAAUCCCGAGAGAUAGGGAUAGCAGGAGGACUAAAUCCCACACAGCCGGGACAACAGCUCCCGCUUACUUCCAUCAAAGAAGAGCCAAGAUCUUUAUCAGCAGCAUUCCAGCCUUACUCUCAUCAUCCGCACUCAUCUUCCACUUCCUCGUCUACUCAUCAUUCAGCAGCUUCGGUGCUGCAGGUCCCCCAGCCUCACUUAUCCUUGGACCAAUCACAUAGCUCAACAUCUCUGAUGUCGUCGCAGUCCAUGUUGUCUGACUCCUCCCACAGCACUGCCCGCCCAACUGCAAACCCUGACAUUGAAACUCUGAUAAAAAAAGAGCCAAUCACAAUUGAGGAUAUAGAUGUCGAUGAAGAUGAUGAUGACAUCAGAGGAGGCACCACAACACCUGGACCCACUCCAACAGUGUGCAACAGAGAAAUAUACAAGAGUAACUCUGCAAU